UGCUGCACCCACCAAGCAAUGGAGCAGGCCCGAUGUGGAGGCUCUGAGACCCAGGCCGGCCAGGGGACAGGACCAAGGACCAGCAGGAGCCGGUGUCAGGAGGACGCUCAGGGCUGCUCCUGGGGGCCCCUGAGGCUUCUCCUCUUAGGGAAGCAUGGGGCAGGAAAAAGUGCCACAGGAAACACUAUUCUGGGCAAAAAGGUGUUCCUGUCCAGAUUCAGUGAGCGGAUGGUGACGGAAACGUGCCAGAGAGAGAGUGGAACCGUGAGAGGGGAGGAGGUUGUGGUCAUCGACACCCCCAACCUUUUCUCCUCAACAGCUUGUGUCAAAGACAAGCAAGGAACCAUUGAACACUGCUUGAAGCUUUCUGCCCCCAGCCUGCAUGUCCUGCUUCUGGUGAUCCCCAUUGGCCACUGUAACAAGGAGGACAAUGAGACAAUCGAGGGCAUCCAGAAGGUGUUUGGAGCGGAAGUCUGGAGGUACAUCAUUAUCAUCUUCACUCGGAAGGAUGAUUUGGGUGACGACUCCAUGCAAGAGUACCUUCAAGGCGACACAUUGCUUGGAGAGUUGGUUGAACACUGUGGAAGCCGCUACUGUACGUUCAACAACAAGGCAGGUGAGGCUGAGCGGCACAGCCAGGUGGGAGAGCUGCUCCGCAGGGUCAAGCAUUUGGUGGAUAAGAAUGGAGAACCCUAUCCCGUGAAUUUCAACGAUGAAGGCAAUGGAUUCCAGGAGUGUGUGAGAGAAGCUACCUCUCAGGAGGGGGAUGAUCCACAUGAUUUGUCAUGCAGAGAUGGAGUGACAGUCCACCUGGAUGGCGCCCUGGAUAGCAGAGCCACAGUGACUAUCCCUGGAUUUGCCGACUCUGCCAUUUGCUCAGCACGGGAGCAGCUGCAGGCCAUGGGAUAUGAGCCGAACCCUGUGAUGUCAGAACUAAAGGUCCUGCUCGUGGGGAAGCGUGGCGUUGGAAAAAGCACAGUCGGGAACAGCCUUCUGGGGAAGCGAGUCUUUGAGACCAAAUUCAGUGACCACUCAGUAACCAAGACGUUUAAGUCUGAGAGCAGAAUCUGGAGAGGGAGGAAAAUUUUGUUCAUUGAUGGUCCAGACUUAUUUUCUUUAAAUGACUUUAAAUCAGACCUUCGGGAACAUGCCCCUCAGGGUCCCCAUGCCUUCCUGCUGGUGACCCCAUUGGGCUCCGUCACUGAGAAAUAUGAAGUGAUUCUGAACACCAUCCAAAAAAGUUUUGAAGAUGAAUUAGCUAAGUAUAUGAUUGUGCUCCUCACAAGGAAAGAAGAUCUAGGGGAUCAGACAGUAGGCACAUUUUUAACCAGCAAUGAAGACCUCUGUAAGCUUGUUGAGAAAUGUGAAAACCGAUACAGCAUCUCCAACUACAGAGCAACAGAACAAGAGGAACAAUGCCAGGUGGAUGAGCUCCUGCAAAAAAUUGUGAAAAUGGUGCAACAGAAUGGAGACAAGCCUUGCAACUUCAAAAAGGAAGGGGAGCAGCUGCAGGCCAUGGGAUAUGAGCCGAACCCUGUGAUGUCAGAACUAAAGGUCCUGCUCGUGGGGAAGCGUGGCGUUGGAAAAAGCACAGUCGGGAACAGCCUUCUGGGGAAGCGAGUCUUUGAGACCAAAUUCAGUGACCACUCAGUAACCAAGACGUUUAAGUCUGAGAGCAGAAUCUGGAGAGGGAGGAAAAUUUUGUUCAUUGAUGGUCCAGACUUAUUUUCUUUAAAUGACUUUAAAUUAGACCUUUGGCAACAUGCCCCUCAGGGUCCCCAUGCCUUCCUGCUGGUGACUCCAUUGGGCUCCGUCACUGAGAAAUAUGAAGUGAUUCUGAACACCAUCCAAAAAAGUUUUGAAGAUGAAUUAGCUAAGUAUAUGAUUGUGCUCCUCACAAGGAAAGAAGAUCUAGGGGAUCAGACAGUAGGCACAUUUUUAACCAGCAAUGAAGACCUCUGUAAGCUUGUUGAGAAAUGUGAAAACCGAUACAGCAUCUCCAACUACAGAGCAACAGAACAAGAGGAACAAUGCCAGGUGGAUGAGCUCCUGCAAAAAAUUGUGAAAAUGGUGCAACAGAAUGGAGACAAGCCUUGCAACUUCAAAAAGGAAGAGGCCCUGCGCAUUGUCCUCGUGGGGCGGAGCGGGACUGGGAAGAGUGCCACCGGGAACUCCAUCCUCGGGAGUCCCACCUUCCCCUCUCAGCUCUGGGCCCAGCCGGUCACCACGCGGUGCCUGACAAGCAAGAGGACGGUGGCGGUGCAGGACGUGGUGGUGGUGGACACUCCUGACCUCUGCCAGCCGGGUGGAUGGAUCCGAGAGGACGUCCGAAACUAUGUGUCCAGAGAUGAAAGGAACACGGUUCUAGUCCUGGUGCUCCAGCUCGGACGGUUCACGGCCCAGGACAGAGAGGUGGUGAGGACACUGAAGUCCCUCAGAAAUAAUGUUAUGAAAAACAUGAUUGUGCUUUUCACUCGGAAGGAAGACUUGGGGGGUGAGGACAUUAAAGAUUACUGCAAAAGCACAGAUAAUGCAUAUCUUAAAGAUACCAUUAAAAAGUGUGGGGGGCGAGUUUGUGCUUUUAAUAACAAAGAAACUGGCCAAGCUAUGGAAGACCAGGUAACAAACCUUUUGAAAAUGGCCAAUGAGCUGAUACGUAACCGUAAAGGGUGCCGUGUCCACGGUCCAGCUCCAUUCUCAUGUAGUCUCCGCACUUCAGGUUACCACUGGGUUCCAAGAUGGUGA